AUGCAAGAGACUACACCACUUUUGCCCGAGGACGGCGACAGCCAGCAGCGAGGCCCGCGAGCCGCUUCUUUCUUUCAGGCGCGGCGGCCGAGAACUAUUUAUUUCCUGUUGUCGUUGAUGGUGUUUGGAUUGUCGUUUUCAGGGUCGCUGGGUGAAGUACCCAUUACGAGACUGACUGAGGAUAACCUCUGCCGGAGGUAUUACUUGACCAGACUGGAUGGGAAGGCACUUGCGGAUGAUAUCGAUGAGAGUUUGUGCAAGAUUGAUGAGAUUCAGUCGCAAUUGGCGUAUUUAAAUGGGUGGUUGCCCAUGAUUGAGGCUGUUAUUGGUCUAUUCGUGGCGUUUCCAUACGGUGCAUACGCAGACAAAAAAGGCCGCAAACCGGUCCUAUGGCUCUCGCUCAUUGGCAUCGUCAUCUCCGGCCUAUGGAUAGCUGCAGUCCUAGCCCUCGGCCAACGCAUCUCCAUCUACGUCAUUCUCAUCUCACCGGCCUUUGCUAUCGUCGGCGGCGGUAGCACAGUCUUAGUAUCAGCCAUUUAUUCUGUUGUGGCGGACGUGGUCAGCGAAGCAGACAGAGUAUCAGCUUUCUUAACCGUCUCACUGGGCAGUCUCGUCGGCAGCCUUUUCGGCCCUCUUACCGCCUCGUCCCUCAUGAAGACAUCAUCGCCUUGGACCCCCAUCGCGCUAAGUCUGCUCAUUCUCAUGCUCGCCAUCGGAGUCAUGGUCUUUAUCCCCGAGACAUUGCCCGCACGAAAACACGAAGAAGACUGGGAUAUGUCGCGAGAUGACUCCCUCUACGGGGCCAUCAACUCGUAUGUUUGGGAGUUCAAAGACCAGAUCAACGAGGCUAUCAGCAUGGUGAAGCAGCCAUCGCUAAGUCUCAUUCUCUUCGCAUUUCUGUGUCCCGUCCCGGUAGGCAUUGCCACAAGCUCCCUCUUCAUCCAAUACGUCAGCAAGCGAUUCGACUGGUCCAUGGCCGCGGCGGGCUAUCUUCUGUCUGUUCGAAGCAUGGUGAACAUAUUCGUGGUUCUCCUCGUCAUCCCCGGCCUAUCCAAGCUCCUCGUAUCAGGGGUCUUCGUCAAGGGCUUCUCGGCCGGUGAAAAAGACCGUCUUCUCGCCCAGAUUUCUGCGUUUGCCCUCGCCGCAGGAUUCUUGCUCCUCGCGGGGACAAACAUGCCAAUUGUUAUCACUGGACUCAUCGUGAAGACUUUGGGAGCAGGACUACCCUCGCUGUGUCGAUCACUUGCUGCGUAUCAUACGAAUGUGCAGAAUACGUCGAAGCUGCAGACUGUGAUUGGCAUCACGGAGACGGUAGGCUUGCUUGUGGCGGCGCCGGCGCUGGCAUGGAUGUUUUCUAUUGGUAUGAAGUUUGGGGGCGUGUGGAUGGGCUUGCCGUAUGUGGUUAUGAGUGGUUACCUGUUUGUGACGGCGGCGGCGUUGUUGUUUGUGAAGCUGCCGACGUAUUCGUUCAUCGGGGACGAGGCUUAUCAUAUGCAGGAUGUGGCGGCGGAUACUGCUUCUGUGAGGAGUUUCUCGUCGCAUGGGACUAUGCCGUCGAGGGUGACGGUUGGUCCUGAGAGGGCGAGGAGUUAG